CCGAGGCUCACGCCGUGUUUAUAUUUCGUGUGUGCACCGGAAAACUUCCAAGCUCUUGCUUUCUGCAGUGUUUGUGCCCAAGAAGAUGGAUGGGUUAUCGACAGAGAAAGCCCUCCUGAUGGAGGUUGCACUGGAGUUGCUGGGAAACACAAUCUACGAUGUGUUUGGGACGAGGCAGACCGAUUUGAUUCAGCUGUUCAGUGAUAACGCCAUGUCUUCCGUGCCUUCCGUGCAGAGCCAAUCGAGUGGCCCGAGCCGGACUUCAACAAACUCUCAGCAAUCUCUCCUGCGUCCAAUUCCUGAGCGUCUUCUGAAGGCGGACACCUCGUCCAGCAAUGGAGCUCUCAAUGACCAGCCCUGGGAAUUAGAAAGCACGCGAAGUGAGCAGGAGGAUCAGGAUUUUGUGGAAGACAUGAUGCGCAAAAUAGAAGACGAAUUCAGCCAACUCAUGAAGUCCAGCAAGAAACACUUGCAGUCGUAUUUCAUGGAUUUUUGGGAGAAUGCUGCUUCCACGUCGAAUUGUCCAGAUUUUUCCGAGGAGGACAUUCAGAGCAUUGCCGAUGACUACUUCACCACGGAGAGAAGAGCCCUGGAGCGGAUUUGCAAGGUGCAGAAGGAUGCAGUAAUGCUCAUGAAGGACACAGCAUCAAGUCCGGAAGAGGUGGAAAGAGUCCGAAGGAUAACACAGAAAAUUGCAUUGGUGAAAGACAGAGUGGAGAAAGAUCUGGCAUAAUUCCUUCAAGAUUAUUAUUCCCUUAUAUCAUUUUAUAACGAAUUGAUCUGAAAAAGAUAUCAAAGAAAUAGAGAAUUUUUAAGUUGUCUACAAAUGUGUCUUAUUUCCCAUUUGACAUGAGCGAAGCAAAUGAAGAACAUUAAAAGAUUACAGCGCAUUUCCGCGGUUAUCAGUGGGCGAAACUUUCGAUUGGGAUGUGCCUCCAAAAUCCCCAAAAUAAAACAAAAUGAAAGACAAUUUGAUUUUUUGCCAAGUAUUUGUGUAUUUUAAAAUAAAACAAUUUUGUUUAACACAAUAUUAAGAUAUCUAUUCAACAAUAUAGCUUAGAUUUUACCUGUCCACAAACAAAUCUACAAAUAUGAUCUUCUUUAUCGUAAUAAUUAUAUUUGUGUUUUUAUUAUAUAUAUUUUUAUUUAUAAUAUAUAUAUAUAUAUAGGUAUUUAUUUCUUCAUCAUGAUAUAUAAUGCGUAUAAUUACAAUUUACACGACGACUUUUUCUUUCUCACACAUUCAUUUCCCUUCUCAUUAGCUUAUUUUAAUUGUUUUUUGUUUAUUGAGAAAUAAUUUCAUCAGUAAUGUGACUUUCUAUAUUAGUAAGCUUAAUCAUUAUGAUUUUCCUCAGAGACUUUUUUCUUCUUUUUUUGUUUAUAUUACGCUAAUUUUGUUUCUCUCCUCCUCACUAUAUAAUUAGACUUUAACAAAUCGUCGCGCGUUCUUACCUCUUAGCAUCCUUAUUAUUCAUUAUAUGUAAUUUAUGUUUUUUUCUUUAAUAUAUCUUUUCCUCUAAAAUAUUACUAAAUAAUGUAUAAUAGAUGUGAAAAAAUACAGUAAAUAUAUUUGAAAAUGAGAAAUAAAGUAUCCACGCAUUUUUUCCGUAGAUUUUGCAGUUUAUGUGGGAAUUAUGCAGAAGAUUAUUUUUUUCCUUAGUUUUGCUGCUACCUUCAGUGUUUGUUUUAUUCUCGUUUUCUUCAUGAAAGUGUUGCAUCUCACAUCUUAUUAGUUCAUUUUCUUUCUAAAGUGGCCACACACACGCACACAAAGAAGAAGCAAUAUAGUGGAUUUUCCUUUUUUUCUUUCUCUUUAAUAAAACCUAUACUUAGAUAUGAUAUUACUGUAAAAUUUAAAUUAUUUUUUAAAUAACUCAUCACUUGAUUCACAUCUUCCGCUCAUUCUUCACUGAUU